UUGGAAUUCUUAAUUUAUUAGGAUUGAUUUUGGAUUCAGUUUCCUAUAUGAAAUAGAAGACUCGGCUUACAAGGAUUUGCUAUAAACGCCACAAUCACCUAACCCUAUGCUUCUAUAAGGGUGCUUCACUACUUCAACUAUAAUACAUAAAUCUGGGGUACCAUAGCCUCUUGCUUUCUCUUAUGGAUUCUGAGGAUGAGAUGCAGUACUCUGAUUCCGACGAAUAUUACUUUGAUCCCGACGAAUAUGAAAAUAAAUAUACGGAGGAGGACUACCACGUUGAGGAGAAUGAUGAUAAUAAGAUCUCUAAGAGGGAUAGCUACGAGGUGUUGAGUGGUUUCGAUAUAAAGGACCGCCAGGAGAAAGAUAUCACUACUGUAACCUCCUUGCUUUCUCUAUCAAGAGCUGCCUCGACCCUAGUGCUUCUCCACCAUAACUGGAACUUUGAGGCAGAUGAGAAGCAGGCAUGGUUUGAAGAUGAAGAUAAAGUCCGAGAAGCUGUUGGCCUGUUACCUGCACCUGGACCAGUACUGGGCGUUGAGUCUCCGAACAAGUCCGGAAGAGUCAAGUGUAGGAUCUGUCUCGAAGCCUGUGCAAGCCAGAAGAUGAAGUCAGCUGGCUGUGGCCAUCUCUUUUGCUGUGAAUGCUGGGGAAGCUACAUUGGUAUAUCCAUUGCCGACGGUCCGGGGUGUUUGAUGCUGAGAUGUCCUGACCCUGCUUGCCGUGUUGCUAUCGCUGGAGACAUGAUUGAAACAUUCUGCUCCGACGAGCAGAAGAGCAAGUACUCUUAUUACCUGCGUAGGUCUUAUAUUGAAGGUAGCAAGGACACCAAGUGGUGUCCUGCUCCAGGUUGCGAAAAGGCUAUUAGUUAUUAUGGUGAUGAUGGAAACUACGAUGUGUGUUGCCACUGUAAAUACACAUUUUGCUGGAACUGUACUGAGGAACCUCACAGGCCGGUGGAAUGUAGGACUGUGAAAGAGUGGAUUUUGAAGAACAGCAGCGAGGCAGAGAACACGAACUGGAUUUUGGCCAACUCUAAGCCAUGUCCAAAGUGCAAACGAGCGAUUGAGAAAAACCAGGGUUGUAUGCACAUGGUAUGCACACCGCCUUGUAAGUUUCACUUCUGCUGGCUAUGCCUUGGUCCGUGGUCGGAACAUGGUGAUAAAACGGGUGGUUUUUAUGCAUGUAACAAGUAUGAGAAAGCCAAGGCAGAGGGAGCUUACAGUGAGGAGGAGAUGAGAAGAGAGAUGGCUAAGAAUUCUUUGGAGAAAUACGCACAUUAUUUUGAGCGCUGGCAGAGCAAUCAAUCCUCCAGGCAGAAAGCUCUUGAGGAUUUACAUCAAACGCAGACUGUGAACACAGACCAGGUGAGAGACAACCAGCGCACCGGUGAGGGUGAGGUCAAGUUUUUAGUGGGGGCUUGGGAACAGAUUGUUGAAUGUAGGAGAGUGCUGAAAUGGACUUAUGCGUAUGGGUACUACCUACCUGACCAUGACACUGCUAAGAAGCAAUUUUUUGAGUACUUGCAGGGUGAGGCAGAGUCCAGCUUGGAAAGACUUCAUCAAUGUGCCGAGAAGGAGGUACAGCCGUUCCUAGAAGAUGAUGGCCCCAUUGGCCCGUCACAAGAAUUCAUAGACUUCAAAACAAAGCUAACUGGACUGACUGCAGUGACUAAAAACUACUUUGAGACCCUGACAACGGCAUUAGAGAAUGGCUUAUCAGAUGUAGAAUGCAGAGCGGCGAAAGGCUGUAAAAAGAGAAAUGCAAAAGGGAAAUAG